AAUGUCUUACCUAAGCUUAUUAUAUUCUGGAGAAAAUAAGGAAACGUAUUCUAUUUUAAAAAACCUAAAUUUAUAUGAUUUUUAUGAAAAAUUAGAUAAUGAAUUAGAUAAAAAAAUAGAAGAAACUCCAGAAAUAAAACAAAAAUGUGACUAUUGUCAAGGUCAUAUAGCGAGUCAGGCGGAAAAUGGAGAAAAACUAAUUGAACUUUGUAAAAAAAUUUGUAACAUUAUAUUAAAUGUUCAUGGUAUUCUGAAUAAAUGUAACGAUAGAACUGACAAUAAAGCAUGUAGUUAUAUGGAGUAUUGGUUAUAUUAUAAUGUUACGAGAUAUACUGAAGAACAAAAUAUCGUUAGUAAAUUCUACGCUCUUGUAUCCAUGUAUACUACCUUUAAGAGUAGUAACUUUAAUAAUUGCUCCCUUACGAAUUUUGCAAUAGAUAAAAAUAUAUUUGAUAUCAAGAGAACCUUAUAUGAGUUUAUUGAAAUUUACGAAGGAAUUAAAAAUGAAAUUUUACAGGAAAAUAAUGUUAAUGUUAAGACAUAUUGCAAGCAUAUUAAAGAAAACUUCCGAUAUUAUAAUAUAAUUAAAGAAAGUUGCAAAAGCAAAGAUACAUGUGACUACUACGAUGAAUAUAUACAGUUCAAAAAUAAAUUUAAAGAACCUAGUGUUAUAAAUUUAAUAUGUGAAAAAUGUGACUACAUAAAGACAUCAUGCCAAAAGGGUUCCAAUGGAGAAGAUGAUGUUCCAUGUUUAAGGGAAAAGGGRWAUUCAUUUUUAUACCWAMUAUUUGGUAAUGAUGCAGAUAAUAUAAUUAAUAUUCUACUCAAGGUUACCACAAUAUCGGCUCCAAUUUUGGCAUUAUUUGUAAUUUUGUUUAAGUUUACUCCAUUUGGAAAAAACUUAAAUAAAUUAAAGCAAGAAAGAAAAAAAUCUGGACACAAAAAAAAAGAAGUAAACAUUCAAGAUUACAUGAAAAAUUAUGCUGCGCAUUUGGAUAGCGAAAUGAAAAACCGGGUUCAUUUAGGUUAUCACGCUACAUAA